GCCCCAGGCCCUGUACGCAGGCGGGUCCCGUGUUCUGAGCGCAGGUGUGACGGCGCGUGGGGCCGGUUACGGGAAGGGGAUCUCGGGAAACCUGGUAUCAGUCAUGCGUCUUUAGGGGACAGAGAACUGAGAGGGAGUGGCGCCUGGAAUGGCAGGCUAGCCUCUUAAGGCGGCUGGGAGCCAUUGAGAGUGGUGAACAGAAAAGACCUCAGCUGACCUAGUCUUCUGAAGGUUUAUCAAAAGCCGCACAGAGGAACAGACUGGAAGGGGAAAUAAUAAGAGGCACAGGGGUAUUUAGUCCUUGUACAGUGCCACACAGCUAAUAAAAGUCAGCACGGAGGACGGAGACGCGGAGAUAAUGCAGACAUCCAAGGUGAGCCUAGCUCCGGGCGUGGGCAAGGGAAUAGGGAAGCCCGGAGCCCAUGGUGCGUUUCACGGUCGCCCGUCUCUCAGAACUUCCCUCUUCACACAGAUUAUUACCAGUAAAGCGGCACUUUCGGACCCUGCAGGGUGUUCCAGAACUUACUGGUCCUGAUCCUGCUCUUGAACCCUGCAAUUGUGGUGUCCUGGGACUCUUAUUUUUCCAGGCCUUGGGCCUGGGGACCCUGAGCAGAUCCUAAUCUCAAGGUCCUCAGACAGGGUAGGGGUUUUAUAGAGUGGUCCCUGUUGCUGACAGCCAGCGGAAUGAGGUGUGGGGGAAGGAUGCCCCAGGUACAAUGCCUGUGUGCAGGUGCUUGUGGGGGAGAUUGAGCCGGUUCGAAGGAACCUUCCCUUCCUUUCUCAUAUGAGCACAGAACCAUGGGGCAGGACUCGUUACUGGGGUGGCUCCCUGAGAGCUUGGUGUGUGUUCUGCUGGUCUCGGGAAUGCUUUGGAGCAGAGGAGGGAGGUGAUCUGACCCAGCUCUUCCCAGGCUUCCUGUGGCUGCAGCAUGGACAGCGGACAGCAGAUCUUGUAUUUUCUCAUUCAGAAGGGCUCUGUGACCUUUGAGGACGUGGCCAUUUACUUCUCCCAGGAGGAGUGGGGUCUCCUUGAUGAGGCACAGCGGUUCCUAUACCAUGACGUGAUGCUGGAGAUCUUUGCACUUACGUCCCUGGAUUGUUGGUGUGGAGCAAAGGAUGAGGUACCUUCUGAGCAGAGUGUUCCUGUAGAAGAUGCCAGGACUUCCAUGGCAGGUCCAUUGACUGAGAAGACCCAUCCUUGUGAGAAGUGUGUCCCAGUCUUGAAAGACAUUUUACACCUGACUGAGCUCCAAGCAACAUAUCCUGGUCAGAAACCAUACUUCGGUGGGACAUGUAGAGGCUUACGGUUCAGUGCAAACCUUUGCCAGUACCAAAAGUGUGACAGUGGAGAGAAAAUCUUCAAAGUAGAUAUGUACAGGGCCUCACUUGUGACAAGCUGCAGUUUCCAUGUGUCAGGAAAGCCCUUCACUUGUGGGGAGGGUGCAAAGGACUUUUUAGCUCUAUCAGGCCUUCUGCAGCACCAGGCCACUCCCAAUGGUGAGAAGACACAUGGCACCAUCAAGCAUAGAGAGUCCUUUAACAGUGGGAAAAGUUGUAACAAGUGGGUUGAAUGCAGGGAAGAAUUUAGCAACCCUCACACACUUCACCACCAGAGAAUCUGCACUGGAGAUGGUCUUGAUGAGUGCAGCAACUGUAGAAAAGCCUUCAGCUGCAAAUACAAACUUAUUGAGCACCGGGAAGUUCACACUGGAGCAAGACCAUAUGAGUGUGCUCAAUGUGGGAAAUUCUUUAGCUGCAAAAGCUUCCUCACUCAACACAGGAGAGUUCACACUGGAGAAAGGCCUUAUGAGUGUGGUGAAUGUGGGAAAUUCUUUAGGUACAAAGGCUGCCUCACUCGACACAGGACAGUUCACACUGGAGAAAAGCCUUAUGAGUGUGGUGAAUGUGGGAAAUUCUUUAGCUGGAAAAACUCCCUCACUCAACACAAGAGAGUUCACACUGGAGAAAGGCCUUAUGAGUGUGGUGAAUGUGGGAACUUCUUUAGCUGCAAAAACUCCCUCACUCGACACAAGAGAGUUCACACUGGAGAAAGGCCUUAUGAGUGUGGUGAAUGUGGGAAAUUCUUUAGCCGCAAAAGCUACCUCAUUCGACACAGGACAGUUCACACUGGAGAAAGGCCUUAUGAGUGUGGUGAAUGUGGGAAAUCUUUCAGUGAGAACUCUGCCCUUGUUCAACACCGAAGAGUUCACACUGGAGAAAGGCCUUAUGAGUGUGGUGAAUGUAGGAAAUUCUUUCGCCACAAAAAGUCCCUCAUUCAACACAGGACAGUUCACACUGGAGAAAGGCCUUAUAAGUGUGGUGAAUGUGGGAAAUCUUUCACUGAUAAGUCUCCCCUUUCUCAACACCAAAGAGUUCACACGGGAGAAAGGCCUUAUGAGUGUGGUGAAUGUGGGAAAUUCUUUAGCUGCAAGCGCUACCUCACUCAACAUGGGAGAGUUCACACUAGAGAAAGGCCUUAUGAGUGUGGUGAAUGUGGGAAAUUCUUUAGCUGCAGAAACUCCCUCACUCAACACAAGAGAGUUCACACUGGAGAAAGGCCUUAUGAGUGUGGUGAAUGUGGGAAAUUCUUUAGCUGCAAAAACUCCCUCACUCGACACAGGACAGUUCACACUGGAGAAAGGCCUUAUGAGUGUGGUGAGUGCGGGAAAUUCUUUAGCCGCAAAAGCUACCUCAUUCGACACAGGACAGUUCACACUGGAGAAAGGCCUUGUAAGUGUGGUGAAUGUGGGAAAUCUUUCAGUGAGAACUCUGCCCUUGUUCAACACCAAAGAAUUCACACUGGAGAAAGUCCUUAUGAGUGCAAUGAAAGUGGUAAAUCCUUUAACCAGAGCUCUUCCCUCCUUCAACACAGGAGAGCUCACUUGCAGUAAAUGUGGGAAAUCCUUGAGCUGCAAAUCUGACCUGUCAACACCAAAAAUUCACACUAGAAAAGGCCUUAGAUACUCAAAGAGAAUUUGCUCUUUCCGUAUUAAGUGUAACUGUUGGGGAAAAACCUCUGUGAGAAGCCAUCUGUGUGGGAUUCACAUAUAAAGUAUAAAAGUCAUAUGAAUACUUAUAUCUGACUUGAUUUUUUAUAGUUCAUGAUUCGUGGUCAAAACAGAAACAGUUUCUGUGAUAUGAGUGCCCAUGCAUUGUUCCCUAUGUAAGAACUUGUUCGCUAUGCUUCAGAAGAUUGGAGACUGUUGAGAGUUGGAUUUGAUGAUUGUGCAUUGAGUUUCCUAUACAGAAUUUUAUCAUUGUUAACAACCAUUUGAUCAAUAAAUAUGAGAGGUGCCCUCUCAGCACCACUCUUGUGCUGUUA